UGUAAGAUCUCUUCGCUAUUAAAAUUCAGCAUGCUUUCAUAAUACAGACCGAAGGAGGAAUCAAAUAGUUCUAUGACUUCAGAACUUUUACAAGUCUCUUUAAAGCUUUCCAUUAUUAUUCGCUCUUCAAAGACAGUCUGUGGUAUUACAGAAUAUCAAAGAAGCAGUCUGAAAAUGCAGGCUUUGAGAACCAAUUACUAGAAACUGAUAGUACAAAAUGCAUUUUUCAGCUUAUCAAGACUUUGUUAUGAGGAUUGAUUCAGAGAGGUGCAGCAUGCCUUCAUGACAUUCAGUGGUGAUAAAUCAUCUGUCAGAAGUUCUCGGGGAAGAUACAUAUAACUAAAAUUAGUACACACAUCCUAGUACAGUCCAUGCCUAUGGGUGAAGUUGCCAGCAAACAGUGUGCUUACAUGGAUACAUCUUUAGAAUAAAUCGGGUGUGCCACAAUUAAAAUGUUUUCCUCCUGUUCCUUGGAAGCUGGGAGAUUUGCCAUCUGAGAUGGGACUGCACUGUAGAGAUCAGCCACAAGCAUUACUUUUAAAGCUUGUUAAAUAAACACUGGAUAAACUCAAGAGAAUUUCUGGACUGCAAAGACUUCUUACGGUUCUGAGUUCUCCAGAGCUGGCAUGUUUUGACUGAACUGCUGCAAUGAUGCUGGAAACAGUCUGACAUUUCUAGCUGAUCAAAAGGAAAACAAGUAACCUCAGCUAUGGAGAGAAAGAGACAGCUACAGAAAAGGGAAUCUGGGAAAAGACUUUCUCUGGACAGCAGUCUUGUGGAAUAUAUGGACUCAAACAAGUACAUUGAGCAUUUAGUGACCCAGCUGGAAGAACAACGUUGGAAUUUAUGGAGGCAAAAGCUGUCUGUGGCUCGUCUGCAGCGAGAAGUUGCACGAAGCAAGAGUGAAGGAGCAAUGCGUGAGAAGCUGAUACAUGAGUUGGAGGAAGAAAGACAUUUAAGACUUGAGAGUGAAAAAAGAUUGCGGGAGGUGACCCUGGAGUCAGAACGCAGCAGAGCUCAGAUGCGUGGGCUGCAAGAACAGUUUUCAAGAAUGGAGGAGACAGUGAGAAAUCUGCUGCAAAGCCAAGGAUCCCCAGGCCAGCAUGGAGAGGGAACUGUCAAUAUCGUGAAGGUGUAUCAGGAAAAGCUGUCAGAAGACAGUAGGAAAUGUAACGAAGGCAUGGAAAAAAUUCACACACCAGCAGAUGAAGAUUCAAGAAGUGAAAGCAGCAGCACUGAAGAGGAAAAAGAAAAGACGAAAUGGCUGCUGGAGCGUUUGAAAGCUUUGGAGGCAGAGAAUUCAGCACUGGCUCUGGAAAAUGAAAAUCAGAGAGAACAGUAUGAAAGAUGUCUUGAUGAGGUAGCUAAUCAGGUUGUUCAGGCUCUACUUACUCAAAAGGAUUUGAGGGAGGAAUGUAUAAAGCUGAAAAUGAGAGUUUUUGAUUUGGAACAACAGAAUCAAACAUUAAGUGUGCUUUUCCAUCAGAAAGUCAAACCAGCUUCUGACCUCCUUCUUCAGAAACUCCAUUCACGCAUCUUAGACCUCUCAUCUGGGGAUUUGCUUUCAGAAGUAGAACGAAACAGAAGCCUGAUGCAGUCUCGAACUGCUGAUGCUCAAAUUCAUGAACGCCAGCAGAAUGUGAAAUCCAGUAUACCCGUUUUGAAAUGCCAGAGUCAAUUAAAUAUGACAGGUCCUAGCCGCCUGUAUCCCCGGAGCAGCUGCAGUAGCAGUGAACUCUCCCUCUCAAGUGCUUGCAGUGAAUAUUCCAGCAGUUCUUCCUACACGUGGAAUGAUGGAAAGACAUGCAGCAAAAGGUCAUCUGUGAGCUGGGAUAAAAGAGUAAGUGUUGGCUCUUCGCUCCCAAGCAACCUCUCAAGUCCUGCAGAUGAUCUACCUCCAACUCGUAUCAAGGAAAACCAUAUCUUAGAAGGGCUGAAGAAAUUACAGAAGAAAAAAAUACUACUUGAAUCACCUUCAGUAAUAUCAAAAUGGGGUUACAAAGACUGCAUGAACUCUAAUGAAGGAAUAUAUUCCCCUGGAGUUAAAUGUGGCGGCCAUAGUGAACAGACUUAUUGUAAGCCAACAGAAAUAGGAAGUAUUUGCAUUGAACAUAACAAAACAUUCUCUUAUGAUUCAGAUUCACAUGAUGAUGCAGAUGACGAUUCUUCAUCCUUACUGUUGCUGCAGGAAGUACCAAGCAAAGACUGCAGGACCUAUUGUAACAAAUUAACUCACAGCAUUUCUGACAGUCUCUUUGACUGGGAUCCUAAUAGGAAACACUUGCCAGAAAGAAGUUCAUAUUUUAAUUCAAAGGAAAGACCUGAAAAAUUGACUAGUUUUGUCAGUGGAUUUCAGGCAGAAGUAAAAUCAUGCACCAGAGCAAAGCUGCCUGAGUUACAGUUAUAUCAAAGCCAUGCUAAUAUAGGCUGGAAGGACCUUAAUUUUCAGCUUUCAGAUACUGAUGACAAUGAAGUCUUGGAUGAAUUGCAUAUAGAAAGCAGUGAUGAGAAAAGUCCAUCAGAUUUAUUAGCAACUCCUUUUACUGAGAAGUACAUGAAGACCUCUGACAUGCUCAAAGACACGGAGAAUUCUCAGUUUGUAUCUACUGACAAAGAGGAAAAAAAGAUAUCUGCUCCCUCAGACAUUAGGCCAAAGACAUGUAAUUUCAUUAAACAACAAAAGGUUAUAAAAAAGACCUCUUCUGAAGAGUGCAUUACAGUAAUAUUUGAUGCUGAGGAUGGUGAGCCUAUUGAAUUCAGCUCACAUCAAACUGGAGUUGUCACUGUAACAAGAAAUGAAAUUUCAAUCAACCAGCCACGAACUAUAUCCAGUGCAGAAGAUACUGAAUUUAUACCUCAGGGAAUAACUGGUUUGCAGACAGGAACCAAUGCUAGAAACUACACUUCUUUAGAAAGACCUGAAGAUGAAACUGAGAAAAAGACUCUUGAAGAUAAUACAGGGAAUAAAAACACAGUUGUCACCAUGACCUGCAGUGAAUCUUCACACUGUGGAAGAAUGAUGCCACAAAAUACUCCACGACAAAAACUAGCAAAGCCAGUGUAUGAUGCAACAUACAAGGGCAAUUCAAGCUCCACGGUGCAUUCAGGAAUCAAUCAAAAGCCAAACUUGACUAAAAUACCAAGCAGAGGUAAAUUUUCUCCACAAAAAGCUGCGAUGACAGAGAAUGGGGACAAACCUGUAGCUGAAGCAGUAGGCCCUGCAGCCCUUGAAAUAUCACCUGCUCUGCCACCUGUAAAGCUUUCAAGAUUUAAAAAGGCACAAAGUCCACCACAUCAUUUUGACUCAAAGGUUGACUUUCAGGUUCCAAAGACCCCUAUCCACCCUCUGCCUAGCUUGAAACAUCCCGGCAGAAGUGACUGUUCAAAGUAUCCAAAGAGUCAGAAUCCAGCAUCACCACUGUUGCCUCAGCACCUUAUAGAGCCCACUGACUAUGGAGAACCUCCAACCAGAGACUUCCAUUGUGAUUUAGCAACUGUAGAAACUCGAUCACCAUCCCCACCCCUUCCUCCAGGCAGGUCAACAUCCUUGUUGAUUCAGCCUGAUCAUGCUCAUUCACCACCUGUAGUGGUAAAAUUAGGAGGAGCUGGUGCCAGUGAAACAGCAAAAAAUAUACUGAAAUCAUCACCAUCAAAAGGAACUGUGAACUCUGGCUUUCAUAAUCAAUCUAGUCAUGAAUUGCAAAGAGAAAAUGCAACUUCUGGGGCCAAAAUUGAAUUAUCUUCCCUUCAAGAAAAUGCAGAAGCAAUUAUGCAAAAUAAGAGCGUAUCUCAGCAACCCCAUAGUGCAUGCCAAGAGCUUCCCAAUGUUUCCACAAAGCAAGUCUGCCCAAAAAGCCCUAAUCAGCUGGGUUUCCACAGGAAUCGUGAAUUUCCUAACACAGAUUUUCAAACAGCCAAGUCCUUUUCUCUAGGUUUUCCAUCAUUGGAAACAACUUCUUCACAAGACACAUAUUCCAGAAAAAAAGGUAUUUCCUGUGACAGUGGGGUAGAUCAGACACAAAAGGUGCCAAACAUUCUCCCUGCAACUCCUCAAUGUCAUGCCACAAGCACAAGUGAGCCUUUACUAUCUCAGGUAGACAAUUCCCCAUUGUCAACACUGUUUCAUGGUAGUGAAACUGCACAUGCUUCCCAAAACUCGAAUGAGAAAGGAAUGAAAACCCGUCUCCCUGUAGGACUGAAGUUAUUUGUCAAAUCCCCCCAACUUCGCAAGAGUUCUACUGUACCAGGGAAACAGGAAAAAGACAGUAUAAAUGCAGCUUCCAAAAGUAAUGUGAGUUCAAGUAAGUACAAGCAAAAUGAAUCUAUAUGUGUAACCAGUGGAAGUACAACGGAUGCUGAAUUAAAAGACUCCAAGUCUGGUACUGAAGUAAAACACAGUUUUAGUGUGGGACUUGGUAUGGAUGCAGCAUCACCUCAUUCACAUGAAAACUCCAACUUGGUGGUAGACAGAGUAGAUGGAUUAGAAAACAAAUCAGUUAAGAGAUCUGUUUCUUCUAGUAACAAGUCACACUUGAAGCCAGCUCUGGGCAUGAAUGGAGCUAAAGCUCGCAGUCAGAGUUUCAGCAUUCAUACAGGGGAAAAGCCUUCUGCCCCUGCAACAGAAGGUCUCGGAAAAGUACGGACUCAGAUUAUUACAAACACUUCUGAUAGAGGAAAUUCUCUAACAAGGCAGAACUCAUCCAUAGAAGGACUUCAAAUCAAGCCCAUUCCUGGGUCAGCAGUGACACCAGUGACUCUUUCAUAUACUCCUAAAACCACAGAAAAUUCCUAUUCCAGACAAGGCUCUCUUGGAAAUGCAACUAGUUGCAAUAGCCAGCAUGGAAGCCCAAGCAAACUGCCCUUCAGAUCAUCUCCAAAACAAGACCUGUUUCACAGCACUUCAAAAUGCAAUGGAAACAAACCAUUUUCUCAGAAAGAUGCACGCAGCCUGUCUGUCCAGAGUGAGAAAAGCACUGAAAGUUUUCAACAUGAAGCUCAUAGUAAAAAAAGUGUUCUACCAGCAGAACUGGAACUAGAACUAGAAGCAUCAGUUUCUCUAUCUUCCAAACAAUCUUCAUCAUUUCAAAGCUCAGAUGGAAUAAAGUGUUCUCAGAAACUGGAAGCAACAAAGUCACGAAAACAGCAAAUGUGUUUACAGUUGGCAGAAGCCUCUGAGAAGGGUGCCAAUAUUUUGAGUUCUGCAGCUCUGCAACCUACAAUAGAGGAAAAAGUCAUGCUAUGCAUCCAAGAAAAUGUGCAAAAGGGUCAGGGACAAGCUAAAUCUCCCACAACAGAGACUAAACAAAGGACUGGGCCCUCUAUAGCUAGUUGGUUUGGCUUUCGAAAGAGUAAGCUCCCAGCACUGAGUAGCCGGAAGACUGAUGAUCCUAAAACAAAGGUAGAAAAAAAAGAUGCAAGAAUUUCAGGAUUUGGAAUUAAGCAGGCAAAAUUGGAUAGAAAAAAAGAAAAAAAGAAAGCUGAACAGCACUGUGAAACAGAAAAUGAAAUUAACAGGAAAGCAGACAAUGGUGAUAUUUUAGCUGAUGCCAUGGAGAGCAAAAUUCUGAAACCUUUGCAAGACACUCCUGGUGAGUUUGAGUGUGAGCAAGGCAAAGGUUCCAGCACAUCUGCGUUCUCACCAAAAGACAUUUUUAUGAAAGAGCUUUUAAACAGAGUUGAUAAGAAAGCAGCUCAGCAGACAGAAAGUGGAUCAAAUAAUGUUUCCUACAGGAGUGUGUCGAAGGGCAGCUCCCAGGGCUCCUCUCUUCACAGCAACUCUAUUAGCUCUCAAGGAAACCACAAGAAAAACAGCAACACAAAAGCUGAUAUGGAAAUGCAGAAUCAGACCCUGGCUAAAGUAGUCACAGAAAACCUGCAAGAAGAAGAGGAGGACACCAUGACAAGGACUACAUGUCAGAGUCAUGUGAUAGAGUCUUGCUGCCAGAUGAGGACGCUGGACAGCGGGAUUGGAACUUUCCCCCUCCCUGACUCAGGGAACCGAUCCACAGGGCGACAUGUUUCUAAGCCAGAUUCAACUUUGCAGAUAGAAGUCCUUGCACAGUCUGAGCAAGUUCUUCUUUCAGCUCCUUCAGUAAAAGCCAAAACUCUUGAGCGAGAAGUGCCUUCAACAGCUAAGAGCCAGGAGUCUGUGGAAAGCAUAAUUAGUCACUCAACAUCUGAUCCGGCCAUGACUGCCAAAGGUAUACGACCUUUUCAAAGUCACCUUCUGAAACCAGCUUCCUCAGGAAUAAUUAAUCUUGCAAAGCAAAUUGAACAAGAACCAAGUUCUAUGACCUCUGCCUCAUUAAAGCAUACUGAAGAAACUGUGGAAAAUAGAAAAGUUCUUCCAGAGUGGACCACCAAGAAAACUACUAAAACAAAGAACAGAGCUCUCAGAGUGUGUACUUACUCUGCAAGCAGCAGUGACACUGAACUGGAGCCAGAGUAUGAAAUAAGUUAUUUUAGAACUGCAGAGGCGACUUUUGUAGAGUUAACAAAGAACAACAAACAAGCUGAGCAGAAAAAACAAAGUCAGAGAAAGUCAUUUCUGGGGAACCCAAUGUCAAUCUUGGAUUUAUACCAACACAGUCUCUGUGGCCAUUUUGGAGAGGAUGGACCUGAACAAUUAACGCAUUACAGUUUAAUUGAGCAGCUGAGUGGAGCUUCCAGUAAAGACAGUAAGGGCAAGGAGAACCCAAGUAAACUGAAGCAAACUGAAGAAACAGAAGAUUCCCAGAAUGGAUUAUCUAAAAUUUCCCUGGAGUCUCUCAAUAAAUUUAACAGCAAUAACGUACUUUUAUUUGAAAAAGAGAAAAACUGUCUGAACAAGGUUGAAGGACAAAAGGAAGAAAAUGGGAAGAAAGAAGAAGCUUCCUUAAAUAGCUCGGGAAGGCACGAUAUGGACAAUUUAGAAUCCUUGAGUGAUUCUCUAUAUGAUAGCUUCUCCUCUUGCACCAGCCAAGGCUCAAACGAUGUCUAGAGACCCUUCCCUGUGGGUUGUGGCUGUAGCACAUAACACAGCUGAAGGCGAGUGGGGAGUUAGGGGGGGGAGAAGAGGCGGCUGUUGAAAAUUCUCCCUCUGAAUCGCUGCGCUCACGGCAGGGUGUUGUGACUUCCCACCACACAGCAAUAAGAAAGGCAAGACAGCAGUCAUCAUGGUGCGUGAGACUCGACACUGAACAUAGCAGUGACACAGAAUAAAGUCUGAAUUUUGCACUUUUGUGAAUAUUUGUACAGUUGUAAGUAUUUUGGGAAAAUAUAUUUGUAGGGGUAAAUGACAGCAAUAAAUAUUAAAUUGGUGCUAUGCUCCUGUAAUGGCAGACUACUAACUUAAAGAAACUGAUGUUAAUAUUAACAAGAAAAGUUGGUAGAUUUUUUAAGAAAGAUUUAUAAUUGUUCUAGUCUUUAAACUGUAUGUAGAAACACUGCGUUACCAUAGACCUGAGUCUGCCAAAUUGUCUGUAAUGACCUUUCUUGGACUCCUUUUUUACAUAAUAUGUUUUAUUGUUUAUUUUUAGUGCAAUUCCAUAUAGGUGUUCUAGGGAAAUAUGCAUUUCGGUUAUUACAGUUCUACAACAGGUGUCUUAUUUUGAGAAGGUUUUGACUUCUAACAUGACAAGAAAAUGAAUACAUUAAAAGGCCUGAUGCUGCUGGUAUUGACUUCAUCAAUCAUACACAUAUCUGAAAGACCAGGGUCAGACUAAUCCACUGCUGACACACCGGGAGUCUUGUGUGAAUGAGAGCUGCAUAAACCGCCCCUCACUUCUGACUGCAACACAGUUUCUCUACUUCCACCUCCUGUGUACUCAUUUCCCAUCAAAUGUCGAAUGUACCAUACUGUGUGAUGUUUUCUAGUCCCUGUUUGGUCGUAAUUACAUUGUAUGCGUUAAAAUUAUUUUUAAUAUAUGAAACCCAACUCCUGUUUGUGGCACACUUCAAAAAGAGGUUGAUGCUAACCCAUGCUAGUUGAAACAUAUCUAGGAGCAGGGGGAUUGGCCUGUAUCGGCUGCAUUUGGCUUUUUCUACAAAGGUUGUUUAUAUGUAAGGGAAAGUCUAUUUCAAAGGUUCUGUGUAUUUUUUUCUAGAUGUGAAGUAUUUAUAACUGCUUUUUGUACAGCAAUCAGUAAACUAGACAUAUUUGGGAUAUUUCUAGACUCCACAGUUUCUUUAGCACAUGCCUGUUAUCUUUGAAGAGCUGUAUGAUCAGUGUUGAUAUUUUGUGCAAUUUGCUGUAUUUCAGGUCAUUUCUGCCACAAACUUGAGUUGUCUUUUUAAACUUUUAAGAAAUUUUGAUCGGGACGUCUUUCAUAAAUAAAAUUUAUCUUGCAUA